UGUUUGCCUCAUAUGCAUCUCUAUUUUUCUCUAUCUUACAUUAUUUACAUCAAAUUGACAACCUCUUCUCUUUAGUCAUCUUUCUUGACGCUCCCAUCACUUGAGUUAAGUUCAGAUUGGUUUAUCAUAUACCCGAAGACGCUCACGUACUAUUUGAGGCUCUAUAAGCUCAUAUUUUCAAUAUAGCAACCAAAUUACAAACACAAAACAUGGUCCAUAACGGAAGUGUGUUGUCGCUUGCGGUCUCUGAAAUGGCAGAGCCGCAAGAAUACAACCAAAAUCGUGCCUCAAGGGUUCAGAGCCACGAAUUUCAGAGAGAACACCAGCCUCCAAUAACCAACGACGAUAGAAACGUGCUCGUGCCUGAAUAUUUUGAAGAAGAGCCUAAUGUGGUGGAUUACGGAAAAGAUCUCUUUGGUAAUCCUCUCUCAAAAUUUGCGGACUACUUAAUUUCAUUGUUUCCUAUUGCCAAAUGGAUUUUGCAUUACAACACCAAAUGGUUAUAUGGUGACUUGAUAGCGGGCAUCACGGUUGGUGUCGUGUUAGUUCCACAAUCUAUGUCAUACGCGCUGUUGGCAGGCUUGAGUCCAGAAUACGGACUUUACUCGUCUUUUGUUGGUGUUUUCAUCUACUCAUUCUUCGCUACGUCGAAAGAUGUAUCUAUUGGCCCAGUGGCUGUGAUGUCUUUACAAGUUGGAAAAGUGAUCUCAAAAGUGCAAAAUGAGUAUGGUGAUACUUAUUCUGCACCUGAAAUAGCAACAUUUUUGUCCCUUAUUUGUGGUGGUAUCGCCACCGCCAUCGGUAUAUUGAGACUUGGUUUCAUUCUUGAGUUCAUUUCCAUGCCUGCUGUUAUGGGCUUUAUGUCUGGCUCCGCUUUCAAUAUUAUUACCGGCCAAGUACCUGCAUUGAUGGGUUACAAUUCAUCCGUCAACACCAAAAUUACAUCUUUCCACACUGUCAUUGCCACAUUGAAGAAACUACCCUUAACAAACGUCAACGCUGCUUUUGGGCUUGUACCUCUUGUCAUCUUAUACGUUUGGAAGUUCUCAUGUGAGUACUUGGGCAAGAGAUACCCAAGAAGAAAGAUGUGGUUCUUUUAUCUUCAGCAACUAAGAAACGCCAUUGUGAUUGUGGUUGCUAGUGCUAUUGCCUGGGGAAUUGUGCACCCAGAAUUAGUGAGAUUCAAUGGCUCCAAAUCCGACUUCUCAGGAACGAUCACGACCAUUGGCGAAGUCCCUUCUGGUUUGAAGCACGUUGGAGUAUUAGCCAUCCCAGAUGGAAUAAUUGGUGCCAUGGCCUCUGAGAUCCCUGUCUCCACCAUUAUCUUGUUGUUGGAGCACAUUGCAAUUUCCAAGUCCUUUGGAAGAGUCAACGACUACAAGGUCAUCCCGGACCAAGAAUUGAUUGCUAUUGGAGUGAAUAACUUGAUUGGAACUUUUUUCAACGCAUACCCAGCAACUGGAUCAUUUUCCAGAUCUGCAUUGAAAGCCAAGUGUGGUGUCAGAACUCCAUUGGCAGGAAUUUUUACCGGAGGUGUUGUGUUGUUGGCAUUAUACGUUUUGACUGAGGCUUUCUACUACAUUCCUAAGGCCACGUUGUCAGCCGUGAUUAUCCACGCUGUUUCGGAUCUCUUCACCAGUUGGAGAUCCACAUGGAACUUAUGGGAAGUAAACCCUAUUGACUGUGGAAUUUUUCUCAUCGCUGUGAUAAUUACUGUUUUCUCGUCGAUUGAAAACGGUAUUUAUUUCGCUAUAGCUGCAUCUGCUGCAGUGCUUUUGUUCAGAAUAGCGAAGCCAAGUGGUCAGUUUUUGGGAAGAAUCCGCGUUGCAGAGGUUGUAAACCCAGUCAUUCAAUUCAAAAAAGAGGAAUCGUUUUCUAGCGAAAGCUCCGAUGAUAACUUCGAAAUUCAGCAGGUGUUGUCUCGUGACUCAUAUCAAUCCAAUGAGGCAAGCAAGCUGAAGUCUAAGGACACGUUCGAAAAGCAAAACUUUCCCUCUAGUGGCCAGCUUGUCAAGAACCACCCGAACAUUCGGUUUGUUUCGAAGUGGGUGCCUUUGUCAAAGAAGGGUCUAAAUGAUGAUGUUGACGUUCUUCCGCCUCCUCCCGGAGUGAUUGUCUUCAGACCGCUUCAGUCAUUUUCGUACCCAAACGCUUCUGGCUUCAUAGAUCAGGUAAGUGAUGAAGCGAAGAGAAUCACACGUCGUGGCAGGCCCUAUUCGAGUGGAUCUGUUGGUGAUAGACCAUGGAAUGACCCUGGUCCAUUGAGAUGGAGUCUUUUUAAAAAGAAGACGGAUGUUCCUGAAGAAUCGCUACAAGAUGAGAGACCACUUCUCAAGAUCGUUCACUUCGAUUUCUCCUGUGUCCCCUCGAUCGAUGCAUCCUCGGUGCAAGCAUUAACCGAUUUGAGAAGGGCAUUAAACAACUAUGCGGAUAGAGAAGUUGAGUUUCAUUUUAGUGGAAUUCACUCACCGUGGGUCAGGAGAGGGUUGAUCAAAGCUGGCUUUGGUACCUACGGAGAAGACGAGUUGGUGAGCGAAAGAACGUACGUGAAUAUUGCCACUGCGGAGGGUGAUUUGGAGACCGGAGCAUACCAUGCAGCGGUUGGUACCAACACCCCGUUUUUGCACUUGGAAAUUCCGGAAUAUCUGUGAGUUCUUCCGAUUCAUUUCAUAAUCAAACGUUUUCAAUUUUAUAGAAUUUAAAGGAAACUAUCUGCAUGCUCCUAGUGCA